UUCAGCAAUGAAACUUUCAUGUAAUAGUUACUCCAACAUAUUGCUAUAGAUAUGAUGCUGCUUCUCUUGCUCACCAAGCACCAGCAAGCCGCUUCAAGGGGUGUUUAUCAUGCUGCAUUUUGAAGCUAUAAUCCAUUCACAUUGAAGUAUCAGCCACUGUUGAACCUUCCCAUAACCAUUACGUUAGCUGCCUGUUGAGUUUGCUCAGAAUUUAUCCUACGCUCCUGUGGUUUGAGGUCUAUUGUUUGCAAAAGCAUUGAUAAUCCCCCUUGUGCUGUGCACCACUCAUACUCUCCUUUAACCCUGCAGCACAGAGAGAGCUGCUGCUGAAGGGUGACUCACCAGCUGGAAUGUCUCAUUAGCAGGAAUGCACUAGGUGAAGUAAUGAAAAGCUUUUUUGAACAGCCAGAUCUAUACAAGCAGGAAUGCAAUACAAGGGGAAUCCAGUGUCAUCCAAAUGCAAUUUGUCAGCUGGAUGAAGUGACAACCUAUUUCUAUUGCCAAUGUCUGCCAGGAUAUGAGGGUGAUGGCACUAAUUUCUGUCAAGAGCCUGCUGUGAGCAUAACUGUUUUCAAUAACUCUGAUUGUGAUGGCUUUGGAGAGCAGGUUUGUCUUAUCAAAGUAAUUACUGGAAGAACAGUCACUUUCAGAGUCUCUAUCUCUGGCAACCACCAGCCGUCUAUGAUAAAAUGGUACAAAUUCUACUCUGCCCAAGGACCCCAGUUCCACAGUUAUCGAAGGAGAUUGACACCAGCUGCUAACCUGUCCCCAAAGAUGACUUUGGCCAACAGCAGUCUGGCUCUGAAGCUGUUUUCCAUUGAUGAGGAUGAUUUUUACCCAAACAUGUUCUGGGCUGAAAUCCAAGCAAAAGCCUUACCUGAUAAACAGCCAAAAAUUGAAGCCUAUGAUUUCACAGACUUUCAGAUGUUAAACCCUUCUCACUUGAGAUACUUUUUCGUCCUAGAAAGAAUGCCAAUAGAGCUUGGACAGUUUUUAGAAGGAGACACUAUUACCAUCCAGCUGCCCCAGUAUCUUCAGGUGUCUCCUUCCAGCUUUGUGAAGUGGACCAAGGAGCCUUCGCUCAUGACGCUGUUUGACACCAAUGCUGUUGUGCUGGCCAAUGGGACUGAGGGGAUUGAGAUCAAAGGAGUAAAGAAUAGUGAAUUUGGUUACAUCCGAGCUCUUGUCUAUGAUUUCACCCCUGAUGUUCCUGGAAGGGUUAUGGUAGCCCAGAGGCUCUUCUUCAUAAAGAAGGAUAUUAGCAAAAUGUGCAAUGGAAUUCGGAAUGAAAAGAAUUGCCACUGUAACCCGGGAUUUGAGGGAAAUGGCGUACACUGUAUUGAUAUAGAUGAGUGUGUGGACGGAAUGCCCAUGAAGUGCCUGCCCGAGGCUGAAUGCAUCAAUAGAUAUGGAUCGUACUUUUGUCGUUGCCCACGUGGAUUCAAAGGAGAUGGACUGUACAGCUGUGUAGAUAUAGAUGAGUGUGCAGGAGGUAUCCAUAACUGUAAUCAGGAUGCUACUUGUCUGAAUACUCUUGGCUCCUAUUUCUGUGUGUGUCAGAGUGGGUUUAUUGGUGAUGGCAUUCACUGUAAAGCAAAAAGCAUAUGGUCCCCAUGGUCUCCGUGGUCUGUCUGUACUGUCACUUGUGGAUACCGGAACCAAAUGCGGAUCCGCUUGUGCACUCAUCCAGAGAGUGGGAUGCGUUGUGAGGGACCUUCUACUGAUCUCAAGCUUUGUCCCAAUCUAGAACCGUGCCCAAUGAAUGGCCAGUGGUCAGAAUGGUCACCCUGGUCAAUGUGUUCUGACACCUGUUCAGGAAUCAAGAAAAGAAUCCGGAUUUGCAAUAGCCCUGCUCCUUCCAGAGGAGGUUUGCCCUGUGCUGGGUUAAAGGAGGAAGUCACGGUGUGCAACAACAACAAAUGCCCAGUUGAUGGGAUGUGGUCUCCAUGGGCAUCCUGGACUCCCUGCCCCAUCUCUUGCGGCCUAGGUGUGGUGAGCCGAUCUCGACGAUGCAAUAAUCCUGCCCCAGAGCAUGGGGGAAAGAAUUGCACUGGACACAGAUAUGAGGAAGGUUCUUGUGGAUUUCCAGAGGACUUUUGCAAAUAUUUGAAGCGACCAUCUGAAUCCAUUAUACCUGGGAAACUGAUCCAGUAA